UGUGGAUUCUGGUUCAUUCACUGUGUGUGUUUGUGUUUCUGUGGAUCAGGAUGUGCUGUCGGUGAAGAACGUGUGUGAUCUGAUCCACUACAUUACACUCAGACGCUCACACAGCGUGAGGAAGCCCAGCUGGUUCGGUGUCGGUGAUGAGCGAGUGUCCCGUGUGAACGUGAUGGUCCUGGAUGGACUCACACAGAGUCACUUCUACAGAUACUUCAGUCUCUUCAGACACCUGAGAGACAAAUACAGCGCAAGAUGGACUCUGGCGCCCUCUUCUGGUGACCUGCUGACCUCUGACCUCCUCAGCGCUGAGGUCGCGGUGUGUGACAGAGCAGCAGAGACGCGUGCGGCACUACCAGCUGCGCUGAGGUGGCAUCCCGUGAUUCGCCGCUUCGGUCUGAACGCCGCGGGGCUGAGCAACUUCCUGCUGACUCAACAAGAAAUGAUCAAACAGAAGUAUCCUGUCAAGGGUGGGUGGGGCUGCGAGGAGUUCGUGUGUACAGUGAGCGACGGGCAUGUGACGGACAGCAGUCCUCUGUUCGGUCUGGACUGUGAGAUGUGUCUGACGUGUGUGGGGUUAGAGGUCACGCGUGUGGCGCUGGUGGACAGCAGUGGACGCUGUGUGCUGGACGAGCUCGUCAAACCACCCAACCCCAUCAUCGACUACUGCACCAGGUUCUCAGGAAUCACGCGAGCGAUCCUUGCGCCCGUCUCCACGCGUCUGGCAGACGUUCAGUCCAGACUGCUGCAGCUGCUGCCACCGGACGCUGUGCUGGUCGGUCACUCUCUGGACGGAGACCUGCGCGCCUUAUAUCUGGUUCAUCCUCACGUCAUCGACACGUCUCUGCUGUACCGGCAGGAGUUCGGCCGCAGGUUCAAACUCAAACACCUGGCUCAGGUCAUUCUGAAGCGGGAGAUCCAGUCGGAGGUCAGGAUAGGUCACGACCCCUGUGAGGACGCGCUGGCCGCUCUUCAUCUGGCUCAGUACUUCAUCAGGAAGGGACCCAGAGAGGUGGUUGAGGAUCAUCUGGAGGAUCUGUGGGAUCUGGAGUUUCCUGAGGACGAUGACUCUGAUCACGCGAUCUCGUCCAAUCGUCGCAGCAGCCCUCUCCGCUUCGGCCACGCUCUCAGCAGAUCCGGCCAAUCAGCAGUGUUCCUGGGCGGAUCGGUAGAGAUGAGCGGCUCGCUGUCCAAUCAGCAGUGCAGGAGACUCCAGUGCUCCAGUGACAGAGAGGUGGUGUGUGUGUACAGACGGGUGGUUCAGUCCUACACACUCAGUGUUCUUCAGUUCUCGUCAUUCAGAAACACACUGAAUCAAACAGCAGCGAUGGGACCACACCUGAAGCAGGUGUGUGAGCGUCUCAGACAGAUGUGUGUGCUGUAUGUCGGCCCGCUGCCGUCUGAUGCCACAGAGACUCUCGUACACAGACUCCUGAAGCGCUGCGGACGCCUGCGGACCAUACGACUGCUGCACUACACACACGAGGUUCAUGCGGAGGUAGUGUUUGAGCAUCUUGAAGGAGCUCAGCUCGCUCUAGAACAUCUGAAUGGACUCCAGAUCAACGACUGCAUCAUCAAGGCGCGGCGUCCCGUACACGAGUUGUGUCUGGAUCUGAACGAGCGUCUCUCUGAGCGUCAGAACGAUCCUCUCAACGCUCACGUCAUCUACGUGAGUAAUCUGUCCUCCAAACCGCAUCGCCAUGAAGACCAGCUCCAGAGCUUCAGACAGUUCGGCCCUAUUCAGCGCGUCACGAGUGCCGCAGAGCAUGCUGGGAAACACAGCAGACACGCCUUCAUCAGGUUCGAGUGCGCUGACAGCACUCAGGCCGCGGUGGGCGUCGCCCCCCAGAUCGGAAACAGGAAGCUGUCAGUGUGUCACGCUCUGACUCCGCCCCACAUGACCUCAUGGACACGCCCCGUUACCACGGAAACCAGCCCAGACACGCCAGAGCAGGGGGAGGAGUGCGACGAGCGACUGCUGGAGCGGCAGAUGAAGAAACUGGAUGCAAGAGUGGGAAAAGUGUUCAGAGCGCUGGAGGAGAACUGCCUGAGCGUCGUGAUCCUGCCCGGACACAGAAGCGACGGCGUCGAUCAUCCCGGCCUCUGCUUCAUUCACAUCAAACAGAGCAACUGACAAGCGCCCGAGUGCCUGCUCUGACUCCGCCCAGCUGAUCUGUGAUUGGCUGACCUGACUGUGACACGCCCAUUUCUACGAAUGUUCUUACAGCACAAGCUUUUUCAUACAUGUGAGCAGGUUUUUAAUGUAUUUAAAUACUGUUCAGAAUAAACACGACUGAAGUGUGCAGAUGUGAGGAGCUUUUGUCCUGCUAAAAACACCACAGUGAGCUGCUUUACUGUAUGAGCGCUCCUCACUUACAAACCUGGUGUUCAGUCUCUGCCAGUGAGAUCAUUGAGCUGUUAGUUCACGAAUAUCAGAGAAUCACUAACAGAAUCAUGUCUGAGAUUCAAAUGGACACACAAACAUCAAGACACAUCAGGAUUGUGUUUUAGUAGUUUAGUAGUAGGGAUAAUCCACUCCGGACGCACAUUAAAUCGUGUAAUGCACAGCUAGCCGUGGAUUAUCCGGCUUAUAUAACGGUCACUUGCCAACAUUGACAAAGUAAAGCUGGUCUUGAUGUUUGCAACGCUAUAUUUGACUGGACAUUAGGGUUAUUUUCAUCAGUUACAGCUCAUUUUAUAUAAAUAUACACUAAAUUGUGAGUGUGUGUGUGUGAAUGCUAAAGCAAAAUAAAGGAGAUCAUAUAAAUUAGUGGAGGUUAUAAAAUGGC